GAGGGGGAGGGCAAGGUCUAAUAAAUUAGGUCAAGGUGACAAAACGAUUAAUUACUGUGAAGGUAGGAAAAUCCACGUCAUGAAUAAUGUAAUUUUGGAUAUUAUCAGGAUGAAAAUGUUAAUUUUGAAAUAAUUUUGUGAGAUCGUGUAACAGUUGUAAAAGAAAGUGGCGCCCCCUCAAUGAUUCUUCGAAAUUGCGUCGAAUCGAGCAUUUUUUCGUGUUAAAACGCCGGUUUUUAAUUAAUAAUUAUUAAAGAUUAUUAUUGAUAAAUUGAUGGGUAUAUCCUGUUAAAAUGGUGGGGAAAGGAGUUAUUGGAAAAAGAAUGUUUGUCCUUAAACGUGAUGGGCGUAAAGAAGAAGUUCAUUACGACAAAAUCACCUCGAGGAUCCAGAAGUUAUGCUACAACCUGGACAUGGACUUCGUGGAUCCUCCUGCAAUCACCCUGAGAGUAGUGAGUGGUCUGUACUCUGGUGUGACAACAGUCGAGCUGGACAAUCUGGCAGCAGAGACAGCUGCCACGAUGACGACCAUUCACCCGGACUACGCAAUCCUGGCAGCAAGAAUAGCAGUGGCUAAUCUCCACAAAGAAACGAAGAAGAGUUUCAGCGAGGUAAUGAACGACCUCCACAACGCCAUAGAUGCUGUAACAAAGGAGCACACCCCGAUCAUCAGCAAACACCAUAACGAUAUUAUCCAGAAGAACGCAGAGAAGCUCGACUCGGCGAUAAUCUACACCAGAGACAACAGUUACAAUUACUUUGGCUUCAAGACCCUUGAGAGGAGUUACCUGCUGAGGAUCAAUGGCAAAGUCGUUGAGAGGCCUGCCCACAUGCUGAUGAGAGUGGCUGUGGGAAUACACGAGGAGGAUAUCGCCAGGGUCAUUGAGACAUACAACUAUCUGUCCGAGAGAUACUUCACUCACGCAUCACCAACCCUCUUCUCAGCCUGCACUUGUAUACAACAGAUGUCCAGCUGUUUCCUUCUAACAAUGACUGAGGACAGCAUCGAUGGCAUCUACGACACCCUCAAGAGGUGUGCACUUGUCAGCAAGUCAGCUGGUGGUAUUGGAGUGAAUGUUCACUGUAUCAGAGCCAAGGGGACACGAAUUGCUGGUACCAAUGGUGUAUCCAAUGGGCUUGUACCCAUGCUUCGUGUUUACAAUAACACAGCACGUUACGUUGAUCAGGGUGGAAACAAACGUCCUGGCGCAUUUGCCAUUUAUCUCGAGCCCUGGCACGCUGACAUCUUUGAUGUUCUCGAUCUCAAGAAGAACACAGGAAAGGAGGAAUAUAGAGCGCGUGAGCUGUUCUACGCACUCUGGAUUCCUGAUCUAUUCAUGAAACGAGUCCUGGCGGAUGGUAUGUGGAGUCUGAUGUGCCCCCACGAGUGUCCAGGCCUUUGUGACUCUUGGGGUGAAGAGUUUGAGAAUCUCUACGUAAAAUACGAGAACGAGGCUCGUUUCAAGCGUCAGGUGAAGGCUCGUGAUCUCUGGACUGCAAUUCUUAUGUCACAAGUCGAGACUGGGACCCCCUACAUGCUGUACAAAGACGCAUGCAACCGGAAAUCCAAUCAGAAGAACUUGGGAACGAUAAAAUGCAGCAACUUGUGCACUGAGAUCGUGGAGUACUCGAGCCCCGAUGAAAUUGCUGUUUGCAAUUUGGCCUCGAUUGCAGUUAACAUGUUCGUGGAUCCAGUGAAAAAAACUUACGACUUUAAGAAGCUGAAGACAGUCGUCAAAGUUGUUACCAGAAACCUCGACAGAGUGAUCGACGUCAAUCAUUACCCACUUGAGCAGGCAAAAGUCUCCAACGUGAGACACCGUCCCAUGGGAAUUGGAGUUCAGGGUCUGGCAGAUGCAUUUCUACUGAUGCGUUAUCCAUUCGACAGCGAUGACGCCCAGAAACUCAAUAUCCAGAUCUUCGAGACCCUGUAUUACGGUGCACUCGAGGCCUCAUGCGAGCUCGCCCAGGAGAAGGGCACCUACGAGACGUACAAAGGCUCACCAGUCAGCCAGGGCAUCCUCCAGUACGACAUGUGGGGUGUAACACCAACAAAUCUCUGGGACUGGGCUAAACUCAAGGAUAAAAUUUCCAAACACGGUAUCAGGAACUCUCUCCUACUGGCACCAAUGCCAACAGCCUCAACAGCCCAAAUUCUUGGGAACAACGAGGCCAUCGAGCCCUACACCAGCAAUAUCUACUCGAGACGUGUAUUGUCUGGUGAAUUCCAGGUGGUCAAUCCCCAUCUCCUGAAGGACCUCACCGAGCGCAACCUCUGGGACGACGAGAUGAGGAACCUGAUAAUAGCGAACAAUGGCUCGAUCCAGAACAUCGACAGCAUCCCAGCAGACAUCAAGGCACUGUACAGAACAGUCUGGGAGAUUCCCCAGAGGAUGAUCCUCAAGAUGGCAGCUGAUCGUGGGGCCUUCAUCGAUCAGUCCCAGUCUCUCAAUGUUCACAUAGCAAAUCCAACAACUGAAAAACUCACCUCCAUGCAUUUCUUCGGUUGGGAGGCUGGCUUGAAGACUGGAAUGUACUACCUCAGGACCAAACCAGCCACCAAUGCCAUCCAAUUCACUGUCGACAAGACCAGACUCAGGGCGAACAAGCCAGUCAAUUCGGGGGAUAAUUCCAUGGAUGAGUCUCUCAAUAAGUCCCUCAAUGCAUCCAUCAAUGCUUCUCUCAAUAAAUCUCUCAAUGGCUCGGUCAAUUCCUCCGAGGAAGAGGAAUCCGUCUGUUUCAGACAGAACGGCAAGGCUUGUGUCUCCUGCAGUGGAUGAAUAAUUCGUUAUUAUUAAAAAGAGUAUUUUUGAAUUCGUGAUUUAGAUCACGUACGUACAUUAAAUCAUUCUAAAAAUAGUCCAGGGGCUGUCAAUUUAGAUAAACAGCUAAUUUAUCAUUUCAAUUUAAAUUUAAUUACCUGAAGAUUUAUCUGUCUUUGAGAAGAAAAAAAUAUCCAAACAG